UCCGUUAGUUUCAACAUCGCGCCACCAGAGGUAAACAACUGCUUAACAGCUUCUCGACGCCAAAACUUCUUUGUUCGUCUUCAACGCUAGCUGAAAGCUCAAGCACCACGAUGUCUGAUAAGAUGAGUAUGUCUCUGGACGACAUUAUUAAGUUGAACAAGAAAGGAGGCAGCGGCCGCGGCCGCGGCGGAGGAUCAUCCGGGUCGGGUGGAAGUUCAGCUCGUGCCGGUGGAUCGUCGAGGCCAAUGCGGAGUCGACAGAAUAAUUUCAACCGUGAGAGAAACAACAGAUCCACUCCGUACACCAGGCCCAGAGAGUUACCAGACAAGUGGCAGCAUGACAUGUUUGAGGAGCAUGUUGGUGGACGCAGAGGACAAAGUGCACCAGCUGAAAGAAUUGUGGAAAGUAGCGGCAAGCUGCUGAUUUCCAAUCUGGACUUUGGCGUCUCUGAUUCAGAUAUAAAGGAGCUGUUUGCAGAGUUUGGAACAUUGGUGAAAGCAUCUGUACACUAUGAUCGGUCUGGUCGCAGUAAAGGAACGGCAGAUGUUCACUUUGAAACUAAGGCAGAUGCACUAAAGGCCAUGAAGCACUAUAAUGGUGUCCCACUUGAUGGCCGCCCAAUGAAGAUCCAACAAGUAUCAUCAGAGGUCGAUGAGCAAAGCAGACAAUCCACACAAGGUUCAAACGGAGGGUUUGACCGGAGCAGGCUUGGUCAACCUAAGUUUGAAAGGAGGGAACGGGGAGAACGCGGAGACCGGGGGGAAAGGAGGCAAGGUGGCGGCGGUGGAGGUUUCAGGGGUCGUGGAAGAGGAGGAGGAAACAGACCUCAACUUUCUGCGGAAGAGUUGGAUGCUCAGUUGGAUGCUUACAAUGCCAAGUUUCAGAUGGACACCAGUUAGAAGCACUCGGAGAGGAUGCCGCUUCCAUCACCUUUAUUCUUAUUUUGGACAUGAAUUUAAAAAAAGAAAAAAAAGAGAGAAAAAGAAAAGAUCAGGUUAAUCUGAUAUGGUCGAUCGGACUUUAUUACAGUUGUUCUGAAGCCAUUUUAUUGUAUGGACCAUUGUAUUCUAUUGAUUUUAUUUUUUUCUUAGUAUUUUUGUAGCCAUGUUUUCUGGGGAACUUUUAUGUUUUGAGAAUUUUUCUCUUAGGUCACCAGCUCUUGUGCCCUUUUUCCAAAUGUAUGGACGAUUACCUUGAGCCUGCAACAUGUUCGUUUUUUUUGUUUUUUGUUUUUUUUAAUCAUGUGAACUUGAUUCAGUGGUCUGACAGACUGUUUAAUGUACUGUUAAAAAUUAAUGUACAUGAGUUUAGUAACUUGGUACUGUACACUUGACAUGAUGAACGUAUUUCAAAGGGUUUUGUACAUAAAUACAUUAUAUUGAA